UUCAACAGCGCUUGUAAGUAAAUAGAUUUGCUUACAUUCCCUUACUUCUUAGAAGAUAACUUAGUUAUCUUGAAAAGAAUUUAAAUGCUCUUCAUUUAACUUUUGCUGGGAAGUUAUCUUUCUGUUAAAUCAACAUCCAGAUCAAUAUGGAAAACAGAUGGAUUUGUGUCGGAAUAUCCGGAUGCACAAAUGGCGGUAAAUCAACUCUUGCUAAUUCAUUGUUGUCUUUUUUCCCUGGAAGUGUAGUUGUGAAUCAGGAUACAUUUUUUCGAAGUGAUGAUAGUCCAGAACAUGUCGUUAUUCCAGAACUCAAUCACAAAAAUUGGGAACGUUUAGAAUCUGUAAACUGGGAACCCAUGAUAGAACAGUUAGAGGAAAUAUUAGCUUCGCCACUCCCGUCUGCACAUUCUUUACUCAUUGUCGAAGGUCACAUAAUAUUUAAUCACCCUAAACUACGAGGCAUUUUUAAUAAAAAAUAUUUUUUGACUUUAAAUAAAGAUGAAUGUUUGAAGCGAAGAGUGACGCGUGUGUACGACCCCCCGGAUAUUCCUGGAUAUUUUGAACUAUGUGUUUGGCCUAUGUACUUCACGAAUUUAGAAGAUGUGAAAAAGCAUUGCCCUGAUGUUUACUAUUUGGAUGGUACUAAAAAACGUGAAGUGAUAUUCGAUUCAGUUGUGCAAGAUUUGAAAAGCUAUUUAAAGAAGAACUUUUGAAAUCAUAGUACAACAUUUCCAGUACAGUGUGAAAUUUCUUUUAAAUUUGUUUAAAAAAAUUAUACUAGUAGUGAUUAUUGUUUUAAGGUGUAAUGUUUUCAAGUUAAAUUUGUUUCAAAAUAUUAGUUUGAAAUCAGUAGAUGGCAGCACUAUAUACUGCCUAUACUAUACUUUCGUUUCUUUUUUUCUCUUUUUCUUUCUCA